AUGGCUCUUCCUGCUACCCAACAGGAAACGACCCCACAAGGGUCACCACACUAUGGAGACAACAACUUCCCUUCUCUAUCACCUAACAUACAUCCAUCAACCCAAUCAAACGCCCCUACACAUGCUUUAUUUACUACCACUCCUAUCACCUUUGUCUCCUUGGUCGACCCUGAAAAACAACGCUCCCUCACGUGCAUAGAACGCGUACUUGGUUUAGAUGACCCAUAUGCCAUUCCUACAGAAUGUCCGUUCGGUACUUCCCCCCACUCUGUUUUUUACAACCUGUCCCAAUCUGACGACUCAUUUAUGGCCGCCUUCUGGACAGCAAUUCACACCACUUUCUCUGAGGAGGAAGCUUUUGCUGAAGUUACCUCUGUGCACAACAAUGCCAUUCCUACAGAAUGUUGGUUCGGUACUUCCCCCCACUCUGUUUUUUACAACCUGUCCCAAUCUGAUGACUCAUUUAUGGCCGCCUUCUGGACAGCAAUUCACACCGCUUUCUCUGAGGAUGAAGCUUUUGCUGAAGUUACCUCUGUGCACAACAACACACACAUCGUCGAACUUUACUUUGAAUCUGACACCCUUUGCAAUCGUGCAUGUGCCAAACCCAUUGUCAUCAAAGAUUCCAUUAUUCUCGCCCACCGUGCCAUUUCGUCUUCUGUUAUGAUGAUGAAACUCAACAUCACUGGUCUUCCUCACCUCUCCCGCCCCUGCCUUAACGAACUUAUUUGUUCUUCCCUCUACUCUUUUGGCACCAUCAAGGAGAUCAUUAUUUACCUGGAGAACAGGUUCUUUACUGGAUCUGGCUACGUGUACCUGGAACGCCCACCUAACCAGGAUCGUGUUUACUCUCCCCUGGUUCACAAGAUUCCCUGCGAAGGUUAUGGUCAUGUUUUCAGCACUUAG